AUGGCGGCUUCCGAACUCGCAAGACGCGGAUGGUACGUGACACGUUUUUUCCCCAAUAUAAACCUAUUGUAAAAGUUUGCAUCUAAUAUGAUUUUCACCCAGAUAGAACUUAAUUAUGUUAUUUUAUACUUAUUGUUGAUGCAAAUGUUAAGAGAACUUCUGUAUUUAUAAAUGUCGGUUUUCUUUCAUCAACAAUAACAGAAAUCUACCUGACUGAAACUGAAUGAGUCAACCUCUCUCCACUGUAUCUCUAGUCUAGAACCAGACUCAAACUACUUUAGCAUAUUUUAGUGACCUAAAUUAAACCACACUCACCGGCCGAUAAUAUUUUUGCGUCUUUUUAUUUGUUAAGAUAGUAUUAGUUGACACUAACAGUAACACUAAAUUGUACAGCCCUAACUUUUCAUUUUAUUGAUUUUUACAGCCCUCAUUGGUACAUGACAGACAUAGCCGAUAAUGUAAACAAUCUCUCCAUUUUCUUGUUUUUUAUAUUUACCCUACAUGCCAGAUUGCAAUUUUUCGUCUGAAAGCAUAUUCACACAAAAAAAAACAAAGAAGAAAUUAGAUUUAUAAUAAAUAAUACCAAAAUUAUUUAUUUGAUGCUUAACUUUUCAAACUAAAAGCAUGUUGACAAAAUAAAUUUACAUGAAAUUGGCGUGUAUAUUGCAGACCUGUUUACUCUUACGAUUUUGACAUACAAUUUACGAUUUUGAGGUGUAUACAUUAUAUAUACUGUAUGUUUAUUUUUCAUUAUAAAUGUAACGUAUUAUUGAACGAUUUUGUGAAGAUAUUGUACGAUUUUAAAAGUUUGAGCGUAAACAGGUCUGAUAUUGGCAAGUUUUAGAAAAAAAUAAAAUUAUGAGUACCGGUUUUCGAAUAUGGAUAAUCAAGUGUACUUGUUAUUAUUUUGAUCUCGUUCCAUUCACCCAUGCCCAUGCAGGAGCAUUUGUUUGGAAUUAUAUUUAUACACCCCAUAUAAGAAAAAAAAAGAAUUUUGGGCCCCUAUAAAAUAAUGGAACAUCUAAUUAAGUUCAAACACACAACCACCCCCCCCCCCCCCCCCUCCUCUCAUUCUUUUUGUGAAUAUUUUGAAAAUUUCGUUUAGCAUACCAAGUUAUAGGUGAUCAAAAAUCUGGCAACAGGUUGAAAUAAUACAAAGCAAAUGGAGCUAUGGAAGGUUUGGGGGAUGUUCAAAGACAUUUUAAAAAUAAAAUAAAACAAAACUAAGCCCUGUAUAAUUCAUUAUUAGUUACCUAUCACUGCCUGGAUUUAAUAAAUGAAGAAUACACAUAAGUUUACAUGCGAUAAUACGAAUUUCAAUCAGAAAUAAUAUACGCACCUGAACUGCAAGAUUACCAUAUAAGAUAGCCAUUGUUAAGUGAAAUAAUAAUACUUUCUUAUGCCUUUUACCCCAUCUGGGGCAUUGGUCAGCAACAAGAAUUUUCCAGUCCAAUCAUCUUGAUCCUGCUCUUUCCUGUCCUGUUGCUUCCAGGUUUAUCCCAUAGUUUGUGUGUCUGCCUCUAGCUCGAAUCUCUAUGUAUUCUUAGGCCUUCCUCUCUUUCUUUUUCCCUGUGGAUUCCAUGUUAGGGAUUGUCUGGUGAUGUUAUCUGGGGGUUUGCGAAAAGUGUGCCCUAUCCAUCUCCAUCUUGACUAGUUUUUCUAGUACCCCAUAAUGCCGGAGAAGUUUCCACAAGGUCUGUUGGUCCAGGCUAUCAAAAGCUAUUUCAUAGUCAAUAAAAUUUAGAUAUAUGGGGGGACUUCCAUUCCAUGUACUGUUCUACAAUGAUUCAUAGUGUUGCAGUUUGAUCUGUGCAUGAUCUGUUUUGGGCGAAAGCAGCCUGUUGAUCUCAUAGUUAUGUGUCAACAUGAUCCUUCAUUCUAUUCAAAACAAUGCUGUUAAGGGGGGAUAUAACACCUUUUACGCCGUUUAAAGACCUUUCCUUGUACAGACUGCAGUGUAAUUCCUCUAUAACCCUUAGGAAAAUGUAUUAAAAAAAUUGUUGAAAAUUUUUCAACUUUGUAUUCCCAACAACUUUAUUUUAACUUAACAAGAUAUAAUUACAGUGAUUCUAAAAUUUAAAAUGUAGCUUUGGACCCCAAUUUAAAAUGUUUAAAAAUUGUCUUUAAAAAUAUUUUCAACACCCGGUACGUUACAUAUUUUUCCUAACAGAAAGUGGAUAUAGUACAAAAUAUUAAAGAAAUGACAAAAUUUUGAAAUUUUACUAUGUAUAAAAAAUAUAAUAAUUAAUUGAAAUGGAAAUAAAUUAUUUCAGGUUGAAAAGUGACAAGAUCCCCCAAAUUUUACUGAUUUUCUUUAACCGAACAUUCCCUGCUCCCAUAACAAUACUUAUCAAAGGGCUGAGAAAAACAGUACGCUUUACCAAAGCUAGUGAUGCUAACAAUAUUUCAUUUAAUUGUACAAAAAAUUUAUAUGUGGAUGUUCUGUACAGUCUGCACUCCUAGUGACACUACUGCUUAUGCUCAAAAGUCAAUAGAUGCUAAAUGUUUUAAAAAUUGCUCACGAUGAGGCAAUCAGAAAUUAAUUAUUUAACCCCAAAAAUAGCAUCCAAAUUUUUUCUGAUUUAAAAAAGCCCCACUUUUGAUAUUGUAUGAAGAUGAAACAUCAUUUCUACAAAUUGUGAAUUUUUUUCAAACUAAUCGUUUUGUGCCAUAAUGAGGAUUUAUUCAUUUAUUUUACUGCAUCAUUUUGAACUUUUAUAUUUCUAAUUGUAUUGUCAAUAUAAAUGGAUUCAAAAAAGCAUUUUCUUAUUAAAAAGUCUUAAGAUUUUCUUCCUUUCAAAUAGGGGAGAACAGUGGCGGAAAUGUAUAUAUUUUGGGGUAACGCUAAAAAAGUUUGCUGACCCCUGCUUUAAGGCAUUAAAUUUCUUUAGCUUUCUUCUUCAUCAACUAGUCCUAAAUAAUAAUAAUUUUUUUUUGCCAAAAGUAACCUCCUUUUGGCUUUCUUAGAGACUUGAAAUUUUACAGAAUUAUAUUUAAUACAUUUUUAAAGGUACACCGGGUUGAUUUAUAAUUGGACAAAAAGUAAUUUUUAAACAUGUAUAUAUUAGUUAUACCUCAUCUCUUCCCUUUUUUUAAAAACGACAUACAAAAAUUGCUCAAAAUAAAAUAAAUGUUGUUAAAAGCCUGUUGAUUAAUUUAACUAGUAUAGUGAUUCGUUUGUUGAUCCCAUGUUUUUAGCGCAAAAAAAUUUAUUGUUUGUGAAUUCUACCAUCUCAAAACCCUAAUGUCUCACUUUUGUAAAAAAAAUAGUCUUAUAUCCAAGUUCCUUUUGUUAGACAAUUGGCAUUAAUUGGAAGAGCAAUUAUUUCUUUGUUUUGUUGUUUUCCAAUCAUUUUUAAAACUUUUUAUAUUUUUAAAAAUGUUAAAAGGAAUACUUGUUCUAUAACCGGUUGCUGAUGAUGCCAUGUUUUCAGGAUUUUGCCACUUUAUUUCACUUUACCCCCAUUAUCAGACCAAAAGAAAUACCCAUACUUAAGAAUUUUUUUUAAAAAAGAGAAAAAUUGUCCUGACACUUCACUCAAAAGUGAAAAAAAUGCACCAAUUUCACAAUUUUCCAUAUAAGUAACUAUAACUUAACAUUUUCUGAGAGAAUAUUGCUUCUUGUAUAUCAACAAAUUUUUAUGAUAGUUUUAUGAUAGUUUGAACAAUUUAUGGAGCAUUUAGGCUUAAAGUGGGUUGAAUUCAGAAGUUGAGUACUAAAGAUUUUACUCACUGUGUAAAGGUCAAGAUCAAUAUCAACAUACAUAAUUAAAAAAAAACAAAUUCUUUUCAUACCAUAAGAUACCUUGUCCAAUUUACUUUCAGAAAAUUUAUACUUGUAAGGUGCUCUGAAUUCAUUUAGUUUAGGACUUUUGUCAUUUUUGACAAGCAUAUGAAAUUGCUAAAAAAAAUUGCUUGACACUAUAGAAAAUUGUUCUUGACAGUUACAGGGUUAAUGAUUAUCUUUUUAAAAAAACUGUCGUCAGGAUUAAAGCGAUGCAAUACUAGUAGUGUAAUUUUUCAUUUUAAAAGUAAAAAUUUUAAGACAAAAAAUUCAUUUUUCAAUAAAGUAAAAUUUCUUUAAGACUAAAAAAGAAAGGUUUUUGUCCGAUUUUUUUUAAUGCUGCAGUGCAGCUGAGGUGCCUAUUUCUGUUUCACUAUAAUUAAAACUGUUGAUAUACAUAAUACUUUUUGUGGUAUAUUCUUAAAUGAUUGUAUUUGUACAAGACAGUAAAAUUAUGGUUUAUUUUGACAACCGAAAUGGGAGGUAAUAUGCAGGCAAAAUCUUUCUUUAUUUAGGUACAUAAAGGAAGAUGCUAUCAGUGCAAUCACAGAUGAUGCUAAAUCUUCAACUGACAGCUGUGUAAAAAAGGCUUUGAAUGUAAGUUCAUUUUCUUAAAAAAUUACUUGAUAUAUGAAAUAUAGGCUUAUCAUAACAUAAAGGAUCUUGAGAAUAGGCAGGAUUUGCGGUUGGGUGGGGGGGGUUGAAUAGACUGACAAUGCUGUGUGGCACUUUUGUGACUGUUUAUAAUCAUUAUAAUAUACAAUUAUAUAUGUGUUUGAGACACAAUAUUAGGAGUUCUCCCCAAUGACAUUUAGUGCCACAUCAUGUUUUUUUGGAUAUUAGGGGUGAGAAAGAUUAUUCAUACUUUCAUAUUUCUCACUAGUGUCUAUUUUCUAAGAUAUGUCUUUAUUUUUUUUGUCCUAAAACUUUCAACAGCCUAGUAAUAGGAUAUUUAUUAUAGUCAUGAAAAGAUUACUGACUGUAAAUUUUAGCAUAAUUUUCUAUCUUGACAUAUAUUGGUUGUGGUCAAAGUUUAUAUUGAGAACAUUUAGCCCAUGCCUCAUAUUAAAAGACCUCAACUUUACACUUGGACUUCAUAUAUAAAUACAUGUUGGGUAAUUCAAGCUGAAAGUCUUUACAUAUAAAUUUUAAUUAUUUACAUUAAAAAUAAAAUUUGAUACCUAUUAAAUUCUGAUGUCAAUGUGUAUGAGAAUAUAUAAAAUUCUUCUUCUUUUUCUUAGCCUCCAAAUAGAGCAUAGGCAUCCACCAUACUUUUCCAUCUGUCCUUGUUCUAAGCUAUCUUUGCUAGUUCAGCCCAACUUUUCUUCAUUCUCUUCACCUCUGCCUCUAAUCCCUUCUUACAUGUGGCUCUUGGUCUUUCUCUUUUUCUAGUACCUUGAGGGUUCCAAUUCAGGGCCUGUCUUUUGAUGUUAGUGUUUGGUUUCCUUAAAGUGUGCCCUAUCCAUCUCCAUUUUCUCUUUUGUUUCUCCGUUUCAACUGGAAAUCUAACAUAAUAAGGUGAAUUUUAUUUUUAAAAUUGUGAUUGAAACUUUGACAGAAUUUUCAACUGGCUGGGACACAGGAUAACAUUACCAAACCUGAUAAAACUGGGAUAUGUUAUAAGCUUUUAAGGUUUCCUCAUUUGUCUAUAUAAAUUUCUUUAUUUUUAUUGAAAUCUUUUAUUUACAAAAUAUGCAUAACAUUUCUUAUAGUUUGAUUUGCGUGAAAUAGGCGCACCAAAGGUGAAUGAAGAUAUAAACAGAGGUAGAUUAGACUAUGUAAGUAUAAUAUGAAUUUUACUUAUAGAUUUGUUGACUAGUUAUUGGUAUGAUGUCUAUAACUUAUGUAAAGAUUUAUUAGGAUCUUUUUCUUUGUUAUAAAGUUAUAUAACUUUUCAAAUUGUAUCUUUCUUUUAGAAUUAUGUUCACAAUUUCUCAUUUCUUCUAAUUUCAUUUUCUUGGCAUUAGGUUGAAGGUCCAUUAGUUUUACAGCUACAAAAACUUCGUGUUAUCUCAGCUCCUAAAGACAAUGAAGAGUCUCAAGCUGCACCAAAGCUGUGCAGGCUUUCUCUAACAGAUGGCCAUGUUACAUGCUCAGCUGUGACAUUAGAGCCAAUCAAGGGAUUAGGGUAAGUGUUGUCAUUUUUUUUGCUAUAAAUUCUUUAAACGUUUCUUUUGUCUCUAAAUUUCACUCAUGUAGUCCUGUUUGGUCUGAUAUGGCCCUUUGGUAUGGACAGUGGUGAAUGGUACGUUGUCUAGAGGUCAGUCCCCUGUGUAUCGCCACAGAAACAAAUAUAAGUGUCUAGAACACAUUUCUUUCUAGCCCUUACAGAGCUGAUGUGUUGGAGGUUUCAAGUAACAAAACAAAUUGUGAAAAGAUUCUGGUUUGUUAUGAUUUAUUGGCUUCUUAUGCAUGAGAAAAAAUCUCUGGGGUUCAGAAUUCAUACACAUACUAUAACAAAAUUUAGUAUAUAACUCAAAGGGAAAAUGUAAAAUUCCUCUUCCAUCCACAGCAAUUUAACUCUGUCAACACAACAAAUCAUUUCACAGACUUGUUUCCUUGCAUAGUUUUUACCAACACACUGCCAUGGUCAUAUGUGGCUGAGACAAUGCGUGGGACUCAAUGGGAAAAUCAAAAGGAAAAACCAUUCUCGCUCACUCAACCUGAUCAAAACAGACAGAACAACAAAAUCAUGCAGUCUGAUCGUGACAAGUCUCACUAUGUAGCUCUCCCUUCUUUCUUUCUUUCUUCUUUUUUCUAUCUUUUCCUUGUGUGUGAUGACAGUGACAAGUUAUGAUAAUUAUCUAAACUGGGAGAAUAAUCUAUACUAAUUAGGGGUGUGCCGGAAUCCGGUUCCGCCGGAUUUUGCACUAUCCGGGGAAAUCCGGUUCUGCCGGAUUUCAUGUAUCCAGAACAACCGGAUUCCGGAAUCGGAAUCCGGAAUAUACCGGAUUUCGGAAUUUGCCAGAUUUUUGUGACUCACCGGAUCAUAAUCUGAAAUAAAAGUAAUUCUCUUUCCCGAAUUCCACACGAUCACGAUACAUUAAUCGAUUGUUUCGAGCGUUGAGCUUGUUUAAUGUUUAAUAUUCCGUACAUACCAGAGGCUAGAGUCAGCACCGCUAAUAGUGGCCAAUAGUGUAGGGACUUUGAUAAGAAAAUUUAAACUUUUUGUAAAAAUAAACCAAUGGCAUAGUUGAAAAGAUGUAAUUUUUUAAAGAAUUAUAACACCAAAAUCAUAUUUUUAGCUGUUGUAGUUUUAAAGUUAUGAAUUUUUAAAGUACGACUUGGUUUGUCAUUUUUUAACAUGGACUGCAUCUCCACAUUCUGUGAUCUCAUUCCGCCAAUCCCGUCAUGCGCAAUGACUAUAUAGUUUAUAUAAGGCAACGCAUUCCCUGCCUUAUCACUAAAAUACUGUUUAGACUUAGUUUAAACUUUCAACUUUGGCACAUGAAUAAUUAAUUAAAGCUUUCCCUGACCAAUGGUUUAAUAGUUUUUGCACACGGCAAACUCUUAUGAAUGAAACUCUGAGGUAGUACUACGAUACAGUUAUGCAAGUGGCUGUGAAUGGUUGCCAAUGACAACGUGUUGCACACGGUAAAUUCUGAUCAUUUAUAAUAUGGAUUCUACCGGGUUGUUAAAGCUCAAAUUAAAACAUUCCAGUUUAAAUGUCUUUAAAUGCAUUCUGAAACACAAGUUAUCAAUUAUUUUGAUGUAAAUAGUGAUAAUAAAUUAAUAUUUCCUAAGUAUCGUCAACUUCCGCCAUUAAAAAGGGGGGCGUGGCCAACCCCAUGGCGAAAUUAGGUUGAGCGAGCUGCAUAACCUGCUGCGAACGCGUAGAAACAUGGCGUCUCUCGUAAGACACUUAUCCAAAUGGAACGGAACUCAAAUAUAUAUCGAAAGUACUAAUUUAAUAAUAAAUAGACACACACAUCGGAAAAUUAAAAACUCUGAUUUUUUGGCGCCGAUUGCGAAUUCCCAUACACAAAAAGUAGUAGUCCACCUUGACUUACCGAAGUAUCUACCAAUAGUACCAAAAUCCGGAAUCCGGGAGAAACCGGAAUCCGGAUUAUUCCGGAAUCCGAAUCCGGAUCCGGCGGAUUUCGCAUAAGAAAAUCCGGAUCCGGUUGGGAAAAACGGAUCCGGCACACCCCUAAUACUAAUUGAAAUUCCAUUUCCUCCUAUAUUUAACUUGCCCAUCAGAGUCAGAUUUUGAGCCAAAAAAAAAUUCAUAUAAUAUAUGAUCAAGAUUUACGUGAUCUUUUUACAUGACAUGUUCAAAAUUGUCAGCCUCAGUGCCUCAGCAAGCCCUGUUUCAAUUGUCACAUCAAUUAAGUAGUCCUCUUGAAUUUUCUAGCAUUAAAAUAAAACUGUUUGAUUCAUUGAUUUUCUUAAAAUUCCUUUCAUCAUAGUCGCUUAUUUUCCUACAGUGUCAGCACUCCUCCUGGCAGUAAGAUUCUUUUAUCAGGAACUGUAGAAGUAGAGACAAACUUUUUAUUGUUAACAAACAAAAAUACCAGCUUACUUGGGGGCAGGGUGGAUGCUUUGGCCGAUUCAUGGGAGCUGAAAAAGGUAUUUAUAAGCUACCAUGUAAUUGUUGUUAACAGUAAUGCCUUGCAUCUGUUUAUAGACAACUUUUUUUUCCCCAUCAAAAUUAAUAUCUAAGUAAGCAGAAAGGACUUUGAUGUUAAAAAAUCAUGUUUGUUUGUAAGAUCGAUUAUGGCUUUUAUCAAAAUUGUUUUAAAAGUAUAAUCAUGCUAAGAAAGUCUAAUAGAGUUUGCCUUUAAGACUACUAGCAGUGUCCUUUGUGUUCACAGACUUUAGCACAACAGUCUUUGACAAGAUCAAGUGCAAGAGGAGAGGGGGGGCCUCCACCUUUUGUACCAUUUGGAAAGAAAAUAGCAAAUGAUCCAUUGCCACCUCCUAGAAAAGGUAAUAAAUAUAGAGAUUUCGGUGAAUUCAAAUAAAUCAUUUAGGAUCCUUCAUUGCACGCAUUUAAAACAUUUAUUAUAGUCACAAAAACAAUGUUAAAAGUCUUAUUUUUUAAAUAAAUCACAUAUUUUAUUAAAUGAAGAAAAAUCAGAUUAUCAGUUUAAACCUGAUUUAUUGUUACAGAUAAUUUUAAAUCUUUGGGAACUCCAAAAGAAAAGAAACUUACUGAAGAAGAUAGUGAGUUUCAGCAACAAAGGCAAGCAGCACUUAACCAAGCCUUACAGGCUAAGUCAACUAGCGGAGGAGUAAAGACUUUUGGUGGAGGCAAAUUUGUAAGUGAUUGUUUGAUCAAUUAACUUAUAACAGGACCAAAAAUAGAAGGAAAUUAUUAUACAGUGGAUACAUUUAAUAUUGAUAACAUGAAGGAUAAAAGAACAAACAAAGAGAAUGGUUGUAUUACUGCAAUGCUCUCAUGGUGGGUCUUCCAGCUACGCUCCUGGAUAAAAUUAAAAAAGUACAGAAUAAUGCGGCUCGCAUUGUUUUUCGCAAACGCAAAUUUGACCAUGCUAAAACACUUCUGAGAGAGUUGCAUCGGCUGCCGGUCUGCAGUCGCAUAGAGUACAAAAUUGCAAAAUUGCUACCGCUGCUUGCAUGACCUGGCGCUGUCCUAUCUCAAAGCGCUCAUGAUGCCUUAUUUACCCACUAGACAACUCCGCUCAUCCCAUAGUGGUAAACUCUUGAUACCAUGUGUUUACCUGGAAGGCGCACGUUCGCAUUUGCUGGCCCAACAAUUUGGAACAUACUUCCUGUUGCUCUCAGAAACAGCCAGACACUGGAGACUUUCAAAACCAAUUUGAAAACACAUCUUUUUCGCAAACACCUAUUGGGUGAUGUUGUGUACCAUCAUUUCCAGCUAGCUAUUAUCUCCUAGAUGUAUAGUGGCCUGUGUUGUUUAUGGUUGCAAGGGAUAAAAGACUUAGAAUGGAUAUUCUCAUAUGUAGUUUUUGUAAUGUUGCGUUUUGUAUUUCAAUGUGGUAUAAUAUAAAUUUUUUCAUUUCUCUUUUAAUAUUGAUGACUUCGAGCCUUUGGGGAUGAAGCGUGAUUUUCAAAUAAGCUUUAUUUUUAUUAUUAUUAUUAUUAUUACUUAUAGUUUGUCAGUAUAUUUUUAUAGCCUUUAAAAUGAUGCAUCAUGGAUUUCAAAUCUUUAGCUGAUGGUCUUAUUAGAGAUGAAAUUGUUGUAAAAGUUGUAUAACUCAUUAGUUUGAUGAAGAGAAGAUCCUGAAUAUUUCAGCUUGUGAAUGACAAGGAUGUGGCCAGAAUCACGGAGAUGGGGUUCUCUGUGGAUGAAGCAACAUCAGCUCUUAAAGCUGCCAGUGGCAAUGUCAGUGAUGCUAUUAACUCACUACUUUCUGGAGGACAAAGGUAUCAUAGGGCAGGAGAUCGAGCCAGAGGGGGUAAGAUUAUAAUUUUGAUUGAAAUCUGCCUGUAGUUUCUGAAGAUUUGUAGGUUGUUGAUUGGUUCCUCUACUUUUUUUUAAACAAAAAUUUCUCAAUUUUAUGACAGUUAAUGUGUUCCGGUCUUAAAAAUUUAGGUGGCCUUAAACUGCUAUACCUUUUUCAGUCAACAUGUUUAAGGUCUUUAAGUUGGGUUUUAAAACCACAUUUUUUUUACUGCAGGCUUUUGAACAGCCAUCUUGGGCCAGUUUCUACUUCAAAUGAAAAGUACACAAGUUUGCCAUAACAAUGCGAGUGAUGAAUGAUAUUUUUUCUACACAAUCUGUAUAAAACAUAUGCUCAUCUACAGGUCGAGGUGGAAUAAGUGAGGGUCGAGGGGAUGGCAGGCGAAGAGGAAGAGACAGAGAUUAUGAUGAUGACGCUGAGGGUCCCAUCAGCACAAAACCAAGUGGACCUGCUACACUCUUUGAUUUCCUUGAAACUAAGAUACCAACCAAGGAAGGUGGGUUUAUUAAUAUUGUAAGACUCUUGUAAUUUUUAUUUUUUUAUGUCCUCAUACAUCAACAUUACCUAAAAAAAUAUAAAGACAGUAAAAAAAAAAUACUUUGCCAAAAAUAAUCCUUAUCAAUGUAGUGGCACUUUAUCGCAAACAUCAAAUUAGAAACUUCAGCCUUUUCUUGUCUCUCAACAGAUGCUAAAAAAUUAGUUAUGAAGUCUGCUGAAACAAAGCCACUUUCUUCAACAUCUUCAUCUUUAUCAAAUGAAUCAACAAUCAAGUUCAACAGAGAUAAUAACAGACCACAGCAGAGGAGACCAGAUAACCCUCCAUUGACACAGAGUGCUCAGAAUCAAUUUCAUAGAACCAAUUUUCAAAAUAAAGAGAACACACGUGGGGGCUAUCAAAGCAACCAAGAUUCAAAUAAUGGAGAGAAGGGUAUUCAAAUGGAUGAUGGUUCCAAUCACUGGGGACAGCAGACUCAGCAACAAAAUGUACCACCCCGAUUUGCUAAACUGGGACGAGGGGAUGGGCCCAAGGGCCGAAAUGAUGUGGGAAGUGGGUACAGGGGUGGAGGGAGAUUUGAUGGUGGAGGAGGCCAUGACAAUAAACCUGGCUCACUUUCGAAUGAAAAUAGACCUUUGUUUAAGGAGAACAAUCAAGGACCCAGAGGGCGGGGAUUAGCUAACUCUUUUGGGGAGUCACAAGACUCCAGAUCAUCAGAUUAUCGACCUGGGGAUAAACCUCUUGAUGCUCAAACUGAGCAAAGAACUUAUAAUGACCAGCGUAAUAGUGAUUACAAGAAGCGCACUAUGAACCAAGGAGAUUUAAGUAAAAACAAUUUUGUGGAUCAGAGUGGAGGGAGAAGGAAUGGAGGCUACCAGCAGAAUAACUCUCAGCCUGGUUACAAUGACAGAACCUCGACUCGCAAUGGUAGCUAUGACUAUGACAACAGAGGGGGUGCAGCAAGGUCCUACAAAGGGCAGCCCAACAAUAAACCAUUUAGCCAGCAGCAGCCUUCCUUGAUGCCAACACCAUAUCCUCAGCAGCAUGGAGCUCAGUUUCCAUUGGGGUCUGGAAAACAAG